AUGGAACGGCGAAUGGAUCGUCGUGAACGUGAGCGCGAACGCUCCCGCCAGAGCAGUUCCAACGAUCGUGUCGACUUGGAUUCACGCACGCCUCUGGCCUGGCAACACCGAGAUUUCAAUUACCAGCACAGCGCCAAUAGUCAGUCCAAUUUCCACGAAAGAUAUCCAGAAGGUGUACCGUCAUCGAGCUCCGAUCGCUUUUCUCACCCGAGUUUGGGUUCACGGUCAGCCCGCUCUGCGGCGGCAGCGAUGGAAGAUGGACGGCAGCUUGGAGGAGGAGGAGGCCAGCAACAACAGGCGGGCAAGAAGAGGAUGAUGCGCGAUCACGCAGGUGCAACCAGCGCCCGAGGGCCCGCCACUGGUGGUGGCGCUCAUAAGAAAGCCUCGACUUCUUCAUCGACAGGAACCAGCAACCACACCGGAAUGGCAGCCGCAUCGUCGUCGUCGGCAGCAGAAGGAGGAGGACCCGGCGGGGCUAACCGCAAUUCCUCCUCGGCUCGCCCAUCGCGUUCCAGCCAGGAAACAACGACCGGAUCGAGCAGCGAAACGGAAACAGACGCCGAGAGAAUGCAGCCAAGCCGGCCUGGAACUAGUGGGACAUUGCGCUCGAUGCAGUCGAUGCCCUUGUUGACUCCGCUUCAGCAACAUCACCUGGUUCAGCAGCAACAACAGGCCGGUUACAAUCCGGUCUUGGCGGCCGCCGGAGGCAUUUACGGUGUCGUCGGAAUGCAUCCAGGGAUGAUGCCGCAUCCAGCUCAACUUCACGCCGCAGCAGCAGCAGCGGCGGCUGGAAAUCCGACAUGGAAUGGAGAGCCUUGUCCAGUUCACGGAUCCGGAAUCCAUCCGGCUCACCACCAAAUGCCGAUUGCUCAUUACCAGACGCCCCACGGGACGAUUGCGGCUUACCCGCAGCCGCUUUACAGCAGCAUGUCCAUGAAAAGGGCGGCGUCGAUCCACGAAAUGGCCAUGGCCACUCCGCUGCCGGCCAUCAUGCCGCCGCCGCCGCCUCCGCACCACGGGCCCAUAUACGGAACUCUACCGCAUCCGGGCCAUGGUGGUGGUCACCACCAGUUCCUGAUGCCACCGCUGCCCAGUCACGAGCAGCCGACACAUUUCGUCAUGAUGACAACGGCCCCGUCGUCCAUGAUUCACGGUCCGCCAGCGUCCUCCCUGGGCGGACGGAGGACACGACAGCAAGGACGAUCCGGCGGAGGACCCGGGUCGCUUCCACCGAUGCCAGCGCCGUCCCAGAUGGCCACCAUGCAGAGACAAGGACGCCCAUUGGUGGUCAACGGCAAAAACGGACAGCCGGAACCCUUGCCAGUCAGGCACGACGCUCCUCCUCUGCCACCCAAGAUCCCGCCGUCAGACGUGGCCUCCAAAACGGCGUCCAGGACCAGCAGCGCCGCCAAACCCUUCAGCUACAACGCCUGCUGCAAAGGCAAUGUCGUGGUCCUCUGGGUCAUCCUGGGCAUCAUCGGACUGGGCGUCGUCCUGGCCAUCGUCUUCUACUACGCCUUCCAAUAAUUAAAAAAGAAAAUGGACAAUUUUUGUGUCAUUUAAUCGGACGGAAUUUUUCUUAUUACUGUGUGACUUUUUGAUAUGUACGUACAUUCACCUGGUUGAAGAAAUUCGCAGGUGGAUGUUUUUUUUGAAAAUUUCUUUUUCAUCAAAAUUUUUCUUCCUAUUUCGCUUACGGCUCAAUUUUUUUCCUACCUUCAAGUGAGUGUAAA